GCAACAGCGCGAAAAAGACAAGAAAUAAAAAUAUUUAAGAUAAAACCUCUGAAGUGAAUUGAUCGCAAGUGGUUAGUUUGUGUCUUAGUUUGAGAACGGAAAAACUAGAUAAUUUGAUGUUAAGGUCACAAUCAAGCUAAGAAUAUGUGAUGUGAAGAGUGAAGGAUUUUCUGCAGUUUAGUGUUCAUCAAACGUUCACUGUGGACGCUCACAUGAGAAUAAUCUGAUCUUUAACCAAAGUCAACAAGAAAUCAUAAUAAUGGUGUCGUGCAAGAAUGUCUUUCUAACGUUAACGUUAGUUGUAAUUGCCAGCAAUCAGUGCGAGUGUGGAGUUUAUAGCUUGAUAAGAGAUCUUUUACAAUGGAACGUUGCUGGAAUUCCAAUCAUACAUAAGACAGUUAAAUGGGAUUUCGAUCCUGAAGUCAGUCAAAAACGUCGUGAACAAUUUUUUGAACUUCAUGGUUAUCGCGCCGGAAAAUAUUUGGAGCGAAUUGGGCUAGGAAUUGAUGGAAAACAAAGAGAACGAGCUUAUCAACAUGCAAUUCGUGAUCAAGGAAAGCUUCAAGGGCUUAGUAUUCUUCAGCCAUAAUAACGCUUGUGACCUAAAAACUUUAUUUAAUUAUUUCAACUUAAAAUGUUUAGUUAGGACUGAUAACAACAAAAGCAAACACAAUUUUGUUAGACUCUUUAAUUUUAGUUAAGAAGGUCGUUGUUAAGUUUAAUGUGUACAUAAGUUUCUUAAAGAUUUGGUGGAAAAAAUAGUCAAGUGAUAAAAGCAAAUGAAAUUCCA